UUAGGUGAACAAAAUAACCCUCGAUACAUGUACUGACGAUCCAAGAGCAGAUUUAUUGGGACUAAAAAGUAUAAGAACAUGGAAAAUAUAUACAUUUGUGAGGCACCCCGGGUUACUAUUUAUCAGAAAUCCUUUCACUACACUUGGACAAAGAUAUUGGGUUAGAAAAUGUCUUGAAGAAUACCCAAUGAAACCAAAUAAAUUAAAUAUUGAUAUAGAAAUGAAUGUAGAAGACUGGUGGGUGGAAUGCUUUAAAAAUAGUGAAUGUGAUAGGCAGCUGCAGAAGAAACUUCGAUGGACAACAUUAGGCUACCACCACAACUGGGACACAAAAGUUUACACAGAACAGAACAAGUCACUUUUUCCUCUGGACCUGGCAGAGUUGUCAGAUAUAUUGGCUAAGUACUUGGGGUACUCUAACUUUAAGGCUGAAGCAGCAAUAGUCAAUUAUUACCACAUGAACUCCACAUUAUCAGCACAUACUGACCAUUCAGAAGUCAAUUUGGAAGCACCUCUAUUUUCAUUCAGCUUUGGCCAGUCAGCAAUAUUUUUAAUUGGAGGACAAGACAAGUCAUUAGAGCCAUCAGCAAUACUAAUCAAAAGUGGGGACAUUGUGGUUAUGUCUAAGAAGGCCAGACUAUGUUACCAUGCUGUACCAAAAAUAUUACCAUCAGCUGAAUCCCCUUGGGAAGAAACAGAAAUUUCAAAUGUCUCCAGCAAUAGUAUAUCCAGUUUCAAAUACAUAUCACAACCAGAGGAAUUUGUUGGAACAAUGAAUGAAAACAUAGAUAAUGAAAAAUGGAACAGAUUCAGAAAUUACAUUCAAGAGUCAAGAAUAAAUAUGAAUGUAAGACAAGUAUUAAAUGAAAAUCAAAAUAGUAUUUGACUAUAAUUUAAUUUUAUAACUUGGUACUUGUAAAUAUAAUAUAUUUUUACU